AGCCGGCGACGAGGGGCGGCGGCGGCGGCGGAGGAAGCAAAGGCAGGCCAUGGCGUCCUCGUCGGCACUGGCACCGGUUGCGGUACGCGAGAUGCAGCGGGACCUCGAGUCCCAGGCCAACGCCCUCAGCAAGAUCCAGAAAGACAUCUCCAAGAACCACGAGGUGCGCAAGCAGUUCACCAUCCAGGUCGGCGAGAACGAGCUCGUCCUCAAGGAGCUGGAGCUGCUGAAUGAUGGCGCAAAUGUGUACAAGCUGAUCGGGCCAGUGCUAGUCAAGCAGGACCUCGCGGAGGCAAAGGCCAAUGUGAAGAAGCGAAUCGAGUACAUCUCGGCCGAGCUGAAGCGAAUGGAUCGGGCGCUUAAGGACUUGGAGGAGAAGCAGAACAGCAAGAAGGAAUCGAUAAUCAGGCUGCAACAGAAGAUGCAGGCUGUACAGGCGAAGGGAUAGGCGUCUGUUGAUAGUGUUAGCUGAACUGAAGGCCACCCUGCAUUUACCCAUUGUCCUCAAGCGAUUGAUCUAUACAAGGCGAAGUUGGCUGUCUUGUGUUCUCUCUCCCAUAGGAAAGGGUAACAGGUCUUCAGCAUUCAGAGACUGAGAAGUGUUCAAGGUGUGUGUAGUGAGAGAUUUUGUUUUUGGAGCGGGACACCCAAUAGAAGAUGUACCUCUUACUCUCUUGGCUUGUAGUGAUAUGCUUGAAUGUACUUUUAUUUGAAGGAAGUCGAUCAACUUAAUGUUCCAUUGUAAGACGAGGAUGUCCGGCAGUGUUUACAUUGGAAAGAUCUUGGAGUUCUUACGCA